AUGUGUGUACACAUUGCUCCAACACCCUUUUCCCCAACGCCCUUUUCCCCAACGCCCUUUUCCCCAACGCCCUUUUCCCCAACACCCUUUUCCCCAACGCCCUUUUCCCCAACACCCUUUUCCCCACGCCCUUUUCCCCAACGCCCUUUUCCCCAACGCCCUUUUCCCCAACGCCCUUUUCCCCAACGCCCUUUUCCCCAACGCCCUUUUCCCCAACGCCCUUUUCCCCAACGCCCUUUUCCCCAACGCCCUUUCCCCAACGCCCUUUUCCCCAACGCCCUUUUCCCCAAUGCCCUUUUCCCCAACGCCCUUUUCCCCAACGCCCUUUUCCCCAACGCCCUUUUCCCCAAUGCCCUUUUCCCCAACGCCCUUUUCCCCAACGCCCUUUUCCCCAACGCCCUUUUCCCCAACGCCCUUUUCCCCAACGCCCUUUUCCUCAACGCCCUUUCCCCAACGCCCUUUUCCCCAACGCCCUUUUCCCCAACGCCCUUUUCCCCAACGCCCUUUUCCUCAACGCCCUUUUCCCAACGCCCUUUUCCCCAACGCCCUUUUCCCCAACGCCCUUUUCCCCAACGCCCUUUUCCCCAACGCCCUUUUCCCCAACGCCCUUUUCCCCAACGCCCUUUUCCCCAACGUCGUUUCCCGUUUCUCUCCCCAUUGCUCCUCGUCACCCUUGCCUGA